AUUUUAAAUUAAAACACCCAACAUUUGGUACGAAUAAAAAUUACUAUGUAGUGGUUAUUUAUUAUAUGGAGAAACUAUUUAAAUCUUUUUAAUGUAUAUUACAAGUACUGAAUUUUGACCUUUCAAUACCCAAUAAAAGAAUUUAAUCCUGUUAGCUCUCAAUCAUUAAAUGUUUUUAAUCAUUGUCCAUUGAAAACAAUACUAUGAUGCCUCAAAUUACAAAACCUUUCAUCAAAUACCUUUAAAUUUCACAAAUUUAUUUAAUUUUCAUUGUUUUUCAUUUUUAUAAGUGGUUGCAUCGUUUAACAACAAAUCCCUCCGUUUACAUAUAUUUUUGGUAAGAUUUCAAUCUGGCCAUCGCUCGUUUCCAAUUGAUAAACGUCAAAACCUACUGAACUCGAUUAGCUGUCAAAGUUCAGUAGGUUUUGACGUUUAGCAAUUGUUCUCUCACUUCCAGUGAGAGAGGAGUUAAACAUCUCUUUAUCUCUGCACUCUGCGAUGAACAUUAAGUUACGGAGGAAUGUAAUUGAUUUUUUUCGCAACUUUUCGCAAUUUGAUAUGCCCUUCUCUCCGUAAACUGAUAUUCCCCUCAUCUAGCCCCCGUGCGCACUUUGCUAACUUUGCGGGCUAAAAAUGUGCCCAUCCCUGUACUAAGCUAUAUGGGCCUCUAGAUAACUUUUCCGCUUAUAAGUUUGAAAAUCACAUGCAAGUUUUAAAAAAACUUAUAAAUAAGCCCAAUAAAAUCCUGCAGCAAUUACAUUUAAGGCUUGAAGAAAGAAAUAGUGCAGAUUUAGUUGCAAUAAAAUUUCUAAAAUUAAUUCAUUUAAUAUAGAUUAUAAAAAAGAAAAAGACUCUUAUUGUUUUAUUAAAAAAUUAGGCCCCAUAAAAGUAAUAGGCAUGACAGGCGAGUCUGGUAGUGCUAUAGUAUCGGCGCAUUGUUUCUUGGGUGUUGAAAGCUACUUUCAAAAAAAAUUGGAAUCGUUAACUGGUUUAGGUAUUUUGUUGGCAAAUAAAUUAGAUCAACAAUUGUUUAAAAUCGAAAAAGAUGAUAUAGUUUAUAAAUAUUUUUCUAUUCCACAUGAGAGAAAGUUUCUUCUUAUACCAAUUUUACAUCAUCUAUUCCAUGAAUUUUCAAAUUAGUACUAUUUAAAGUAAUUGUGGUAUUUUCCGAAUGUAUUUUAUUUCAUGAUAUGAAUUAUUUAAAAGAAUUUUGAUACUGCCAAUUUUUUAUUUUACGAACCGAUGGAUUCACCAGCGCUGUUUGAUGCAAUUGAUUUUGAAGAAUUCCCAACAACGUCUUCGACUCCUGUAAAAGAACAACUGACAUUGAAGCGCAAAAAAUUUGAUAUUUCUGGUUGCUACAACUCGGAGGCAAAACGAAAUGAAAACAAUUUGGCUGUGGAUGGAAAUGAAGUUUUUAAUAUGUUAAAAACUAUUUCUGCACAAUUAGAAGUAUUGACGACAAGAGUAUCCAAUAUGGAGAAAAAGAUGGACAGCUAUAUGAAAGAAAAUGUAAGUUUAUAUUGUUCUAUAAGUAUUCAUCAAUAUAGAGAACGUAUUGUUUUGUUAUUGUAUCUUCUAACUGCAUACAUACAUAUCUCUUUUCAGAUAAUUCAUAAAAGCGAAGAAAUGGCCCAACAAAAAACUGUGCGCGAAUGUAAGGUUUUAAUUAGAAAAAUUCACCAUUCAGUAUGCCGACUGACUGGUGAAGAAAUAGAUAGUAUGCAAACCGAAGUUGCCUCCACGCUACCAAUAACAACGAUAGCUGCAGCAUUGGAAAUGGACGAGAAACUGAAAUGCGAGGAAUUUGCUACUGCAACGAGACAUAUAUACAUUGACGAAUUUUUGUUUUUGUGUAACUGGGACGGUAGAGGAGGGAAACAACCCCUAUCGAAAUUUCUACUGGCAUCUAACAUAUUAUAUGAUUCUUUCGUUACUUGUGGACUGGCGAAUUUCGAAAAACAAAUUCGGAAGUCCAUCGAGAUGAGCCACCAUAGGUACAAACAAAAGAAAUACAGGAAGCGAAAAGCUGUGGAGGAAUCGAACGAAUCCAAAAAGAUAAUAAUUUAAAAAAAAUGUAGUAGGAUUUAAGAAUGUAUAAACAAAAAUGAAUUUUAAUAGUGUAACUAUAAUAGCCUUAAUAUGAAUGUUUAU